ACUUUUUUUUUUAGCCCUGGAAUGAGAUCAGAUGUAAGCUCUUCUCCAUCCACAACCUCAGCAACUACGGGACCACCUCCCAAGCUUUGUCUGGUUUGCUCCGAUGAGGCCUCUGGGUGUCAUUACGGUGUUCUUACUUGUGGCAGCUGCAAAGUGUUCUUCAAAAGAGCUGUGGAAGGGCAGCACAACUAUCUGUGCGCUGGGAGAAACGAUUGCAUUAUCGACAAAAUUCGGAGGAAAAACUGUCCAGCGUGCCGCUACCGGAAAUGUCUUCAAGCUGGCAUGAACCUCGAAGCUCGAAAAACAAAGAAGAAGAUAAAAGGAAUUCAGCAGACUAACGUCGCGGGAACGCGGGAUGUGUCUGAAACGCCUGGAAACAAGAGCAUCGUCCCUGCCUCGCUGCCUCAGCUGACCCCGACCCUGGUUUCCCUGCUGGAGGUGAUCGAGCCCGAGGUGCUGUACUCGGGCUACGACAGCACGCUGCCCGACUCCAGCUGGAGGAUCCUGUCCACCCUCAACAUGCUGGGCGGGCGGCAAGUAGUCGCUGCAGUGAAGUGGGCAAAGGCAAUACCAGGUUUCCGAAAUUUACACCUGGAUGACCAAAUGACCCUUCUGCAGUACUCAUGGAUGUUCCUAAUGGCUUUUGCUUUAGGAUGGAGAUCAUAUAAACAAUCAAAUGGAAAUCUCCUGUGCUUUGCACCAGAUCUGAUUAUUAACGAGCAGAGAAUGAAUCUACCCUGUAUGUACGAGCAAUGCAAACAUAUGCUCAUGGUUGCCCGAGAGCUAUCACGGCUUCAGGUCUCAUAUGAAGAGUAUCUCUGCAUGAAAACGUUGCUUCUCCUCUCCACAAUUCCUAAGGAAGGCCUGAAGAGUCAAUCCUUGUUUGAAGAAAUCCGUAUGACGUACAUUAAAGAGCUGGGAAAGGCCAUAGUGAAGAGAGAAGGGAACUCCAGCCAGAACUGGCAGCGAUUUUAUCAACUGACUAAACUGCUGGACUCUAUGCAUGAUGUGGUUGAAAAUCUUCUGAGCUUUUGCUUCCAGACCUUUUUGGAUAAAUCCACGAGUAUUGAGUUCCCAGAAAUGUUGGCAGAAAUCAUCAGCAAUCAGAUACCAAAAUACUCCAACGGAAAUAUCAAGAAGCUCUUAUUUCAUCAAAAGUGACUGCCUUAAUACAAAAGGGUUGCCUUAAGAAAACGUCAGAUUGAUAGCUUUUUUUUUUUUUUUUGUAAAGAGAAAAACCUACCAGACUUGUUAAUUCUGUCCUUGCAGCAGUGUACCUUUUGUAACGAUGCACUACAUGUGGUUUAAAGAGGGCCAAGAUUUAGGCUAUAGCAGCGGCGGAUUUCUCACAUUUGGUAAAUAAUUGGGGAGAAAGGAAAGGAAAGUAAAUCUCAUUUGUCAGAAAUUGUAUCUCUCCCUUCGUGCAACAUCGGCGGAUGCAUGAAAACCACCGGCGACAAGCUCUGAGGCUGUGUUACGAACAUUCUGCUAAUUAAUUUCUGCAGUUGGCUGGAGACAAUUUUGUAGGCUUUUUUUUUUUUUUUUUUAAGUAAAGUGUUUUGGAUUUUUUUUUUUUUAAAGUUAAGGUAGCGUUUUGGUUUAUGCAUGUAACCUGAAGAAAGUUUACAAGUGUAUAUCGGAAAAGGGAAG